AAUCACAAUUGGUAAACGGGCGGGAGAGAAGCAAAGAAAGCGUACUAAUGCAACAUCUUUGUAUUUUGCUCAUAAUCCGUGUUGAACCUACUUUUGCAAAUACUGUACAUCUAAUGCGUGUAUGAAUACGAGUAAACAUUAGGGUGCUGGAGAGGUUUGAUGAGGUUUCUUAGCGAGUAACCAAGACGACAAGGAUAGGAGGACCAAGAUGAGCCUUUUAGCCCUUCAACAGGCACCGGUGGACCUCCCUGUGGAUCCCUUGCCGGCCGAGAGUGACGCAGACAGUGGGAUGGGCUCACCCAUGGAAGCAGAGACCACUGAGAACCCGCUGCCAACAGAGCCACGAGCAGCCUCUGAUGAUGAGGAUGAUGAUGAAGACAUUUCUGUGGCGAGGAAGCCACGCUCUCGGAAAGCUCUGAGGGACAGCGACAGUGAGGAGGAACAGGAGCUACAGGGGUCGGAAGAAGCAGAGCCGAGCGGGAUGGAGGGGGGCCUCGUCCUCUCCGCAUCCAGCGAGGAUGAGCCCAACUUGGGGGAUGAGGAAAAUGGUAAGGAGGACGUGGAGAAGAAAUCUGAGAACAAGAAGACAAUCAAGAAGAAGAAAAGGAUAGCCCGUGUCGCCAUGGACAGCGAGGAGGAGGAUAGCGAGAAGGAGAACAGCAAGGAGGAGGAGGUUGAGAAAGAGGGGGAUGGUGGAAAGAAAGACGCUGGAAGAGGGAAGAAGAGGGAGAAGUCAAAGCGACGCAAGGAGAAAGAGAAGAAGAAGGAGGCGAGGAAGAAGCACCCAAAAGAGAUGAAGGAGGAGAUCCUGGCACCUGCAGGUUUGAAUGACAGCGGCUGUCUCCUUGGAGAUAAAGAUCUGUUUGAUGCAGAGCAGGAGGAUGAAGAUGAGGUAGAGGAAGAGUCUUUGGACGCCAUCAGAAGCGCUGUUAAACAGAAGGCAAAGAAGCAAAAGUCUCACCUUGACGAUGACGAUGAUGAAGAGGAGGAGGUUGAAAAGCCUAAGCAGCGUGUGGAGCGGAAGGCUGCGCGAGCUAGCAAGGAGGCUAUGAGGCAGCUGCACAGCGAGACGCAGAGGCUCGUCAGAGAGUCGAGUGUUGGGUUGCCCUACCACCUUCCAGAACCCAAGAGCAUUCACGAGUUCUUCAAGAAGAGAGCCAGACCACAGGGGCCUGGCAUGGCCCUUCUGAAGUCAGCGCAGUACCAGGCCAUCAUCCUGGAGGCCACCACCGCCAAGCAGAACCAGCAGGUGUCACAGCCCGAGGCCAGCCCUGCAGCAGUGGUCCCCGACCCCAAGAUACCUGCUAUCGAACCCACACCCACAUCCGCCCAACAACCAGAGGGCGCAGACCCUCAGGCUGACAACCCCACCGUCCAAUCGGAGGCAGCCGAGGUGAAACAGGCUGGCCAAUCCGACGCUUUGAUGGAGGGUGGCGAGUCCUCCUCCCUGACUGAUGCGGCGAUGGUGCCAUCAGUGGCUAAGGCAGCUGAGUUGGAACCACUAGUGCUUGAGGAGGAGCCUGCGGGUCCAGUAGUAGCCCCUGCUGAUUCUGAUGCAGCUUCUGCCCCUGUUGCUGCUCCUGCUGCUGCUCCUGCUCCUGCUCCUGCUGCCGCUCCUGUGGAGCCUCCUGCUCCCUCUCUGAGGACGCGUAAGGACAAGCUGGCCAGGCUGAGGGAGCUGGGCCUGGACCCGCCUCCGGUGGCCAAGCUGCAGCAGUCCGACGACACCUUUGUGGAGCUGGGGGAACCUCAGGUCAACCCAGCUCUGGAGGCCCUGAAGGACCGGUUCAUGCGUCAUGUGCAGCCGGCGGCGCGUCCCAAAGGGAAAGGGAAGGGCGAGCGCUCGCUGCAGCUGAGCGUCAUCAGGAAGGACAGCGCCCCGUCUGGACAGGAGGAGCUACGGGCCGACGCACUCACAGUCACACUUACUGAGGAGGAGGAGGAACAGCCGGUCACCAAGCCAGGUGAGCGCCUGCUGCUGCUGAAGUCUCGUCUGCAGAAGGCCAUGGCGGAGCGUCGACAGGAGGAGAGGCAGAAGAGGGCUGCCCUCUAUCGCCUUGACAACGAGGACUGUGGAGAGGAUGAGGAGGAGGCCGAGAUGACCGACUCUGAGGAGGAAGAGGGUCUAGAUGAGCUGCUGGGUGGUGGGGGUGGUGAUGAGCAGCAGGAGGUCGAAGAUGCUGAUGCUGAUGGAGGUGAUGAAGAUGAGGAGGAUAUGGAGAUGGAGGAGGCGCGCAGGAGGCCCAGGCCGGUCAUGAGGAGUCUCUCUCCCCCGCCCGAUAACGAUGGCACGCUCAUGCUGUUCGCCGGCAGCUCCUGCUCUCGCACCAGUGAUGGAGUCAAGAGGAUGGGAGCGGGACAGGACAGCGAUAAUAAACUGGAGGAAGAGGACUCUCUGUCUCUGGUGAAGGACAGCAGUCACAACAGCAGCUUCGAGCUGAUUAGCUCCAUGAUCCCCUCCUACCAGCCGGCCAAUCGGACGACAGGAACGGGAAGAGGGGGCGUGGCUUCCAGCAUGUUCCGUUCGCCCUCGCCUUGCCUCUUCCGGCCUAGCUUUCUGGGCUCCUCCUCAAAGAGUUCUGGUAAGGGCUGUGAGGCGAUAGGCGGCGGCCUGUGCCUCCCGUUACCCGUGGAGGACUCCCAGGACCUGUACGCCCCGCCCUCCCCCUCCGACCCGCCCCUGGGCGGCUUCUCGCUGGACGAGGACACGCCUACCCACACGCAGCAGGAGUCCGAGUCCGAGCCGCAGUCUCAGCUCCUGACCGCCGACGGCUUCCUGAACGUGGGCCGGCGGCCCGGCGCCCCUCCCUCCGGCUCCGCCCCCUCGUCACGCCAGCGCCUCCUGCUGGCCAGCCUGGAGGAGAACGCCAUGGACGCCAACAUGGACGAGCUGCUGGGCCUGUGCUCGGGCGGCUUCGCCACGCAGGACGCCAGCCUCUCCUCGCCCCCGCGCGGCAGCCUCCACCACCGCACCAACCCCCGUGGCUGCACCCCCAACAGCAGCAACAGUGCGGUGAUGGGCAUGGGUGCCCGCAGUCCGCCUCCCAUGGCCAUGCCGCCGCCCCCUGGUCUGCCCGAUAUGCAGACCGCCAGCUCCGACAACGACAUGGGGGAGCUGCUGGCUCUCUGCUCGGGGAAGUUUUCCAGCCCCAGUGCUACUCCUCUGACAUGUGUGUCUAGCCCCGCAUCUGGAACAAAAACGAAGCCAAGCAGAAGAGCAACGGUGGCUGAGGAUGAAGAGGCGGAGGAUGAUGACUAUGAGUUCAAGCUCCUGUCAGACGUGGAGAGCCUCAGCGGAAAGGAGGAUGACUCUGAUAAAGAGGGUGAGGAUGAUGAUGAAGAGGACAAUGAUGAUGAUGAUGAUGGUGGUAAGGAAGAGGAUGAAGAUGAUCGUGAAGAGGAAGAGGGGGAUGAGGCAGAGGAGGAGAGACAAGCGGUGUUUGGCCAGCCAAAGAAAAAGAAGAAACUGCGUCUGACUGAGUUUGUGGACUCGGAGGCUGAGCUGUCUGGAAGUGACGUGGGCAGUGAUGACGAUGAGGAUGGAGAGGAUGAGUACGAGGAAGAUGAGCUGCAGGAGGAACUGCCCUCUGACGAAGAACUCAUGGACCAGGUCAACAAGAUCCACAUGAAGCAGGUGAUGGACGACGAUAAGCGGCGUCUGCGGCUGUACCAGGAGCGGUACCUUGCCGAUGGGGACCUGCACUCAGAUGGCCCGGGCAGAACCAGACGCUUCCGAUGGAAAAACAUCGAUGACGGCUUUGACUUUGAUGGGCCUGGAGUUGAAGGAGAGGAAGAGGAGGAGGAAGAGGAGAUGGACCAGACAGAACUGCAGAGGCGGAAAGAGAGACUGGAGAGGGAGCAGUGGCUACGGGAACAGCAGUCGGCUCAGGCCAAGAAGGGCAAAAGUACAGAGGAGGAUGAGGAUGAGGAGGAGGGCUUUGGAGAGGAAGAGGACAGCCAGUUCAUGAAGUUGGCCAAGAAGGUCAUGGUCAAGACCAUGCAGAAGAAAGAGGUUCCGGUGGCCCCUGCUCAGGAGAAGCAGGCCCCCGCCUCCGACCCCUUCAGGAGACCUGCACCAACAGGAGUGGUGAGGAGGGGGUCUCUGCUGAGCCAGCCCAAGACCGUGCUGCAGAAGCUGGCCUCCAUCUCUGACGCCAACCCCAUCGGCCCACGCAACACCCGUGGCUUCCUCUUCCAGACCCUCUCCCCCGAGAAGGGCUCCGCACCCACCAACCAACCAAAACCGGCAAAGAAGAGGCUGGGUUCUGACUCCCCGGCAUCCGUUGCCAAGAGACCGCGACAGGAGGUGAAGAAGACUACUGCCCCCGGACCCCAACGAAGCAUUUUCAGCUACCUGGAGAACUAACACACACACACACACACACACACGCAUGUAUAUGAAGUCUACAUUUCCAAACAGUUUAGCUUGCAGCGUGUCCACAGGGUUUGUCUGGUACUGUUGUAUACAAUCUGUGCAGCUCACAGCUAAACUCUUUGGAUCUACAUCCCCCUCGCCCAGUUUUGGGGGACUAUGGAAUAUUAUAGCGGGUUUUCUUUAUUUUUAUUAAUGUUACUAAUGUUUUAUCAUGUAAAUAUUGUUGUAUUUGGGUUUAAAUUUAAGAUUGUUUUUAAUUGUUUUUUGUUGGGUUUUUUUACUUGUAUGUAUUUUAGUAUGCUGUAAAUAAAGGAUAUUUUAACGUACA